UUCCACAUGGUAUAUCGGGCAACCGGGUAUAGCCCGGGUCGCGCACCUUUCCCCCAAUUUACUUUUGGCGCUAAAAUGUUCUUCCCGCCAUUUUACACAUCUCACUUUCCCCCAUUUCAUCAAACCCUACAGACCAAACCCUCAGUAGAUCUACUCCACAAACCAAACAACAAUCAACCCAACUGAAUCACCAGAUCAAAAUGACAGACGAUAACCAACGCCAAAAGCGAAAAACAAGAGGAGUCGACUCAGAAAAACGAGCAGAAGCACUUCGCAAACUCAAAACCCUACGACAAGGCGGCAACACCAACGACGCAGAUCGUUACCAGAUCAAAAUCGACGAGCCGAUCUACGACACCGUAGACGACGAUGAGUACGAGAGUCUCGUGGCCAAACGGCAAGAAGAUUACCGAAACUUUAUCGUUGACGAUGAUGGUUUAGGUUACGCAGAUGAAGGAGAAGAGGAGGAUUGGACUAAAUCCGGUGUCGUUCCGUCGUCUGAAGAGGAAUCGGAAGGUGAAUUGGAGAAGAAGAAACCGAAGAAGACGAAAUCGGAAAAGAGAGAAGUGAAGAAGCCUUCGUUUGAAGCUGCGGCUGCUUUGAUGGGUAAGCAGAGGAUAUCUAACUUGUUUACUUCUGCUGUUUUUAAUAAGAGUAAGCCUGCUGUGGCGGUUUGUGAUAGUAUUUUAGAUGAUGUGCUUGCUGAAAUUACACCUGAUGAGAGUGAGAAGGAGAAAAGAAGGAGAAGUAAUAAUAAUGUUAAUAAAAGGUUUGUUCAACACGACACAGUUUUGGUUUCAGAUAGUGCAGUUAAGGUUAAGAUUGAGAAUGCACAUAAGGUGUUUGAUGAAAAGUCUGAUGAACAGCCAGAUGAAAAGAAGUUGUUUGAUAGGCCCGAAAAUGGUGAGGAUUUGGGUGGUGUGGAAGUGGUGGGAAGGGAAGUUGAGGUGGUGAAGGAUGAGAGUGAGGUGAAAGUUGAGGCGAAAGUUGAGGCUAAAGUUGAGGCGGAAGCGGUGAAGGAGGCGGUUGUUUGGACGUUGAAUGCGAAAGUUAAAGAGGAGAAGGAUCCAACUUUUAGUGCAAGUGCAGGGUUGCAGGCGGUUGUGAGUUCUGGUUUGAGUGAGGAGACUGGUUCGGGUUUGAAUUCGGAUGGAAAGUCUCCGUUUGUUGUGGAUUCGGAUGGGUCUCUGCCUUUCUACAUGCUUGAUGCUUAUGAGGAGUUUUAUGGUUCUAAUGCUGGCAAAAUUUAUCUGUUUGGGAAGGUUAAAGCGGGAAAUACGUAUCACAGUUGUUGUGUGGUUGUGAAGAAUAUGCAGAGAUGCAUAUAUGCUAUCCCCAGUGGUCAUGCAUUUAACGAGACUGCCAUUCUGAAGCUUGAAGAAUCAAAAGUAUCACCUGCAGAUUUUCUCACCAAGCUUCAUGAAAUGGCAUCUGGAUUGAAGGCCGACCUGACAAAACAAUUGCUUGACCGCAAUGUUUCAAACUUCAGCAUGAAACCAGUGAAGAGGAAUUAUGCAUUUGAGAGAUCUGACAUAGAGCGCAGAGAACAUUAUGUACUUAAAAUUAGUUAUCCAUUCAAGGACCCACCGCUUUCUUCAGAUCUUAAGGGAGAUACUUUUAGUGCUCUGCUGGGAACACAUACAAGUGCCCUAGAGCUUUUUCUUAUCAAAAGGAAGAUAAAAGGACCCUCAUGGUUAUCAAUUUCAAAGUUUUCUAGUUGUUCCACUGCUCAGCGUGUAAGCUGGUGCAAAUUUGAGGUUACUGUUGAUUGUUCAAAAGACAUUAAAGUUGCCAAUAACCCAACAAAUACUGGAGAGAUUCCUCCUGUAGUUGUCACUGCGAUCAAUCUGAAAACUGUAAUAAACCAAAAACAAAAUACAAAUGAAAUCGCCUCUGCAUCCGUCAUUUGCUGUCAUAAAGCCAAGAUUGACACCCCCAUGUUAGCCUCUGAAUGGACAAGACCUGGAAUGUUAAGCCAUUUUACAGUUGUGCGUAAGCUUGAAGACGGCUUGUUUCCAAUGGGAUUUAGCAAAGAAGCAGCAGAUAGAAACUCAAAGGCUGGGUCAAACAUCAUUAGCAUGGAAAGCAGUGAAAGAGCUUUAUUAAACCGGUUGAUGAUUGAAUUACACAAACUGGAUAGUGAUAUUCUCGUUGGUCACAAUAUAUCCGGAUUUGAUUUGGAUGUUCUUCUCAACAGAGUCAAGGCUUGCAAAGUUCCUAAUAGCAUGUGGUCGAAAAUAGGACGGCUUAAGCGGUCUGAGAUGCCUAGGCUUAGUAAAGGCAGCACGGUUUUCGGGUCUGGAGCAAGUCCAGGAAUUAUGUCUUGCAUUGCCGGUCGGCUUUUAUGUGAUACCUUUUUGUGUUCUCGUGAUCUGUUGAAGGAGGUUAGUUAUUCAUUGACAGAACUUGCAAAAACUCAGUUGAGUAAGAAGCGGAAGGAGAUUGCUCCACAUGAUAUCCCUCGGCUGUUUCAAAGCUCUCAAACCUUAAUGGAACUUAUUGAAAUCGGGGAGACAGAUGCCUGGUUGUCAAUGGAACUCAUGUUUCAUUUGAGUGUGCUUCCUCUCACACGUCAACUGACUAAUAUUAGUGGUAAUCUUUGGGGUAAAACUCUUCAGGGUGCUAGAGCUCAAAGAGUUGAAUAUCUUUUAUUGCAUGCAUUCCAUGCAAAGAAAUUUAUGGUACCUGACAAGCUUUAUACACCAAAGGAAAACAAAGUAGUAGCAAAACGCAAGUCAGAGAGUCCUGAGGAAAAAGUAAUGAAUGAUUUGGGUGUGAACGAUGAAAUAGAAAACGAGCCUGUAAGAUCCAAAAAAGGACCCGCGUAUGCAGGAGGUUUGGUGUUAGAACCCAAAAAAGGUUUAUAUGAUAAAUAUAUUUUACUUCUGGAUUUCAACAGUCUAUACCCUUCUAUCAUCCAGGAGUAUAAUAUCUGUUUCACAACAGUAGACAGAUCCGAAGAUGGUUUAGUUCCUCGCUUACCUUCUUCAAAAGCAACUGGAGUUCUACCUGAGCUACUUAAAAAUCUAGUUGAGAGAAGGAGAAAUGUAAAAGAGUGGUUGAAAACUGCAACGGGUCUCAAGUACCAACAAUUUGAUAUACAACAGCAAGCCCUUAAAUUAACAGCAAAUAGUAUGUAUGGAUGCUUGGGGUUUUCAAAUUCCAGGUUCUAUGCAAAGCCACUUGCAGAGCUUAUAACACUACAAGGGAGAGAGAUUUUGCAAAAGACUGUUGAUCUUGUUCAGAAUAAUCUAAACUUGGAGGUGAUUUAUGGUGAUACCGAUUCAAUUAUGAUAUAUACUGGACUUGAUGAUAUUAGCAAAGCCAAAGCUAUUGCAGGAAAUGUCAUCAGAGAGGUUAAUAAGAGAUACAAGCGUUUAGAAAUUGAUCUUGAUGGUCUAUACAAGAGAAUGCUGCUGCUUAAGAAGAAGAAAUAUGCAGCAGUGAAAGAGCAAAUAAGAGAUGGGAAAGUUCAUAAGGUUAUAGAGCGAAAAGGUCUUGAUAUGGUUCGACGUGACUGGAGUUUGUUAUCUAAGGAAACAGGAGAUUUCUGUUUGGAACAAAUAUUAUCCGAGCUGUCCUGCGAGGAAGUUGUUGAAUCAAUACACAACAAACUCAGGAAGGUACAAGAGGAAAUGAGGAAUGGAGAAGUAGCAUUGGAGAAAUAUAUUAUUACAAAAUCGUUGACCAAACCACCUGAAGCCUAUCCAGAUGCUAAAAGUCAACCGCAUGUUGAAGUGGCACUCAGGCUGCGAAAACUAGGAUACACCAGUGGUUGCUCUGCUGGUGAUACAGUUCCUUAUAUAAUUUGCUGUGAGCCGGGGAAUGGUUCGAGUUCAUCGGCAGGGAUCGCUCAGCGUGCAAGACACCCUGAUGAAUUAACAAAGGAUAACGAGAAAUUAAUGAUUGACAUUGAUUAUUAUCUGGCACAACAGAUUCAUCCAGUAGUAUCGCGUCUCUGUGCAUCAAUCGAGGGUACAAGCCCAUCCGUUCUGGCUGAUUGUUUAGGGCUUGAUCCUUCCAAGUUUCAAAGCAAAUCAAUCGAAAUUGCAAACAACGAUUAUUCCAGCUCAGUUAUCUCUGUCACAGAUGAUGAAGAGAGGUACCGUGGUUGUGAGGCGUUACGUUUGUCAUGUCCUGGUUGCUCCGAUACUUUUGACUGUCCAUCUGUCUCCAGUUACAUACGUACAUUAAUCCUUGAAAAGCCGUCAGACUUGCAAGAUCAAUCAUCCAGUUUUUGGCAAAAGUUAUGUUGCCCUAAAUGUCAAGUGGAAGUCCCUCCGGUUUCAAUAUCCAACCAGGUAAAACGACGAGCAGAUCUAUUCAUAUCAACAUACUAUAAGGGUGUAAUGACGUGUGAUGAUGAAACCUGCAACUAUACCACACGAAGUUUGAACCUGCGAGUCAUUGGGGACGCUGAGAGAGGAACUGUAUGUCCAAGUUAUCCUCGAUGCAAUGGCCGUCUUGUGAGACAGUACUCUGAGGCAGAUGUGUACAAACAACUCUCGUACUUCUGCUAUCUUCUGGAUGUUGAUCGGUGCAUUGAUAAGGUUGAGGCUAAGUUUCGGGCUUCAGUUGAGAAAGAGGCUGCUAGGAUCACACCUUUGGUUGAAUUAGCCUCGAUGACAGCACAUAAGGUCAGGGACCGGUGCGGUUAUGGGUGGGUGAAACUCAAUGAUCUUUUUGACGCAAUUUAAUUACUUCGGGUCGGAUGUAAUAUAAAAAACAAGGUCAAUUAUGCAUUGUAUGAAUGGAAAUGUUUAUUGUGGUAUUCAGAUAAACAAUAAAAAUAUUCAAACGACCAUGAUGUCAGGUUUAUCUGCGUAACAUAUGCAUCCUUACUGCAGCUCCCCUACGGGUGCUUCGUUGAGCCAUAGAAAAUGAAUGAACUCAUAUAGCUUUGCACUUA